GCCUCUCGAGCGUUUUGCAUGUCGGAGCACUCCUCUGAGCACUCCGACGGGGAGCUGGUCGACGACCAGAGCCGCUCGCCGAGCCCAGGCCCGGACGAGCCUCAGCCGGCGUGCGACACUCAAGCCGCAAAGCCCGACCACGGCGGUGCCUCUGGCAGCAAGGCCGCUUCUCCCUCUUCACCCGCCUCCUCGAUUGGCGGACUCUCUCGCCAGGCGCUGCUGGUUGCCGUCGGUCUGCCUCUCGCAUUCAUCGUCGGCGCGGCCACCUCAUCUGCAGUCUCCACCGCGGCGCUCGAGGCCUGCCGCUCCAACGCCGCCGCCGACUCCGCUCGCCUCGCCUCGCUCACGCGAAACAUGCAGCAGCGCGAGGGCCGCGUGUCGGUGGCAGAGUCGCAGCUGCAGGCGCGGGAGAUGGAGCUGCACGACGCAAACCUGCGCAUUGCCAGGCUCCAGGCGCCGGCCAAGUGCGGCUGGUGGUGCUCCGGCGAGUGA